GCCAGUUUUAGCCGCUAUUGCCCUUCCCCACGUGGAUCUCAGGCCCCCGGCUCCUUGGAGCUACUGGGGCGGCUGAUCUGCGGGCGAGCUCGCGCUGGUUCCAGCUCCGGCCCGUCAUGAACCGCUAUCUCUUGCCGGCGUCGCUGCUGGGCACGGCGGUGGGUGGCGCUGUGCUGCUCCGGGACUAUGUCGGCGGCGGGAUCUGUCCAAGCAAGGCCACCAUUCAGGGGAAGACGGUCAUCGUGACGGGGGCCAACACUGGUAUUGGGAAGCAGACCGCCUUGGAGCUGGCCCGGAGGGGAGGCAACAUCAUCCUGGCCUGUCGAGACAUGGAGAAGUGUGAGGCGGCGGCAAAGGACAUUCGAGGGGAGACCCUGAAUCACCGGGUCAACGCACGCCACCUGGACCUGGCCUCUCUGAAGUCCAUCCGAGAGUUCGCUGCGAAAAUCAUUGAAGAGGAGGAGAAAGUGCAUGUGCUGGUCAACAAUGCAGCCGUGAUGCGGUGCCCACACUGGACCACUGAGGAUGGCUUCGAGAUGCAGCUUGGAGUGAACUACCUGGGUCACUUUCUUCUGACAAACUUACUGCUGGACAAGCUGAAGGCCUCAGCUCCUUCGCGGGUCAUCAACCUCUCAUCCUUGGCCCACAUCGCUGGGCACAUAGACUUUGAUGACCUGAACUGGGAGAAGAGGAAGUAUAACACCAAAGCAGCCUACUGCCAGAGCAAGCUGGCCCUCAUCCUCUUCACCAAGGAGCUGAGCCGGCGGCUGCAAGGUACGGGUGUGACCGUUAAUGCUUUGCACCCUGGUGUGGCCAGGACAGAGCUGGGCAGACACACGGGUAUGCAUAAAUCUGCCUUCUCCAGCUUCACACUUGGGCCUAUCUUCUGGCUGCUGGUCAAGAGCCCAGAGCUGGCGGCCCAGCCCAGCACCUACCUGGCUGUGGCGGAGGAACUUGAGGGUGUUUCUGGAAAGUACUUCGAUGGACUCAAAGAGAAGGCUCCGGCCCCCGAGGCUGAGGAUGAGGAGGUAGCCCAGAGGCUUUGGGCUGAAAGUGCCCGCCUGGUGGGCUUGGAGAUGUCCUAGGAGUUCUCUGUGUGGGGACAACUCAUAUCACCUGAGAGCAGGUGUGGUGGGCUCAGGAUGGAGUUGCAAGACCAAGGCUGACUGCCAUGCCCACAACACCCUCUAGGUGGCGGUAUCGACACCUAAAUGCAAAGUUGAGAAACGUGGCUGCUAUGUCCUUAGCACCCUCAAGGUGACAGCAUUGGCCAAGCCCAACGAUUAAGGAACUUGACUGCCAUUCCAGCAACCGCCACUAGAUGGCAGCAUUGACCGCGAAAUGCUGGCUAUCAUGUUCACAUCACCCUCUAGGUGGCAGCCUUGCCCUUCUUUUCUGGCCACAGCGGCUUGACCUACAGGUGGGGGUACUUGACCCAGGGGCUGGCUGGGGCAAGGUAGCUGGCUGUCACAGGUGAGCCCCAUUAUUAGAUGCUGGUUUUGGUAAUUUAAACUGGGAACUACUGAGGGAGGAGCCAGCUCCCUCUGAUGUGAGCCACAGUUCAGGAUAAGUGGUUGGACAGACAUGGUCAAGUUUGUGGUCCCCUGUGUGACCUUGUACACCUUCAGACCCCUUUCUGAGCCUCUGUUUCUCCAACUGUAAAGUGUACAGAAUCUCUUGACUACCUCAUAGGGUGGUGUGCUGAGCAUGUCUUGCUGGGGAAAGUUUACUGAGGAUCUUAGGGUUCCUGACUCUGGCCAGGUGCAGGGGUGGAGGGAUACUUCUUCAGAGAACAGGCCGAUACACACCUGAUUCUGUAUCCUGGAGCCACGCCUCGGACAAGUGAACAACGCACCAGCUGAUGCUGCUGAGUACCCAAGAUACCUGGGGUCAUGACCUUCUCUAGCCCUGUGAACUCUCAAACUUGCUCUUUAAGAAUAAUAAAACAUCUAGCCGAGUCA